ACUUGGCAUAGCAUUGUUGAUAGAACGUUUUAUUUAUUUAAUAAUUUCCAAUGUGGAUAGACGUGUGCAACUUUAUCGAAUAGUUAAUUAUAUUGCUGUUAAAUUAAAGUCUACCAGCUUUGUCAUGAUGGGUGGAAAUAGGUGGUUACAUUCUAUAAGGUGCAAGCUGGUUGAAAAACUUUAAUGAACGCCCGUACAUUCAGUAGAGACGAGCACGUAAACGCAGUAUUUUGGAGAAUCCGAGUGAAAAAAAUCAUUGUUGCCGCAAACUUUUUAAUCUGGGGAUUUAAAGAACAUCACAUGCUCAGACUGAGUGGGAGCCUCGAGCUCGGAGCAAGUAACUUUAACCAGGCGAACGUACUGUGCGCGGUGUUCCAUACUUUAUCAUUUUUCUUUCUCCUGCAAUCAGGCGGAACUAAUGGAGGGAACAUAAAUGAACUAUCACUCAAAACGCAAUUCUAAAAAAAAAAAAAAAAAACCCGCUUUACAUCUGAAUGAAAGGGACACAGCUGUCGGAGGCUCUGCAAGAGAGAAUAGUGUAGGUGCGUCGUUGAGCUAAUCGUAAGUAAAAUCGGAGGGAACGCUGAGAAAUAUAAACUUUUAAACAAAACCUUUUGAUUUUUGGAAGAAGAAAAAAAAACAUAUGCGGAGGAAAUGACAAACAUUUACAGUCAACGGUCUUUAACAGUCCUGGCGUUUUUGGGAGUGUUAUCCGCUAUCAUGUCUUUGUUGUCAGUCGUGCUGAUUUUUCAACUCCAGUCUCACCACACGGGGCCCAAAGACUCUUCCACCCGUCCCUCCGUCGUUCCGGCUGAAGUUUCGGCAGUUCUCAUGCCGGUAGCCACGGUACUUACAGCCUUGUCUCUAACGCUGAAUCUCAGCUCCGUGGUUGUUUGCCUUCUUCACAGCUACUUCACUACCGAGAUUUGCAAAGGAGAGGACGACACAGACAGAGCAGACUGGUUCCUUUUGGAUAGCAGAACUGUCCGUCAUGUGGCGGUUGGACUUUUCUGUCUGGGAAUUUCAGUGUACUUAGCAGCCAUGUCCAUGUACAUGCUGCUGGUGUUCGAGUCGGAGACGGGCAUCGCCAGCGCGUGCGUCCUGGCCUCGGGGAUCCUGGUGCUGCUGGUCGCCGUGGCGCACUCUCUGGCGCGGGCCUCCCGCGCCUCCCGGGGGUACCGCGGCGAGCCGCCGGACGCCGUGUACCAGAACGAGAGCCUGCCCAACCUGCGGCCGGCGCGCCCGGCCCCCGCGGACCGGCCCGGGAAGCAGCGGGGCCGCUCCAGCGUGCAGCGGCAGCUGUCCUACCCGCCCUGCGCCGACCCCAAACGCCCCGGCCACUCCCCCGGCAGCAGCAGCGACCGCGAGGGCUACGGCGGAGACGGCGGCGGCGCUCCCAGGAUGCACCGCACUCUGUCGGCCGAGUCCGGCCUGCUGCAGGGCCAGGGCAAGCCCUGGAACGGCAUCAACAGCGAGAUGAGGACGGUGCUGGCGCGCAAGGCCGGGGGCGCCGGGAAGGACUCCACCCUGGUGUGACCGCGCCGAUCGCGGGGGUGAGAGUGGA